UGCUCCCAUCGCCAGGCUGGGGGCGGGGCAGGGGGCGCGGCUCCCUCCUGCCCCUGGGGCGGCAGGAUCCUGGCAGCCAGCUGCUACCUGCGCUGCGGGGAGGGCGUGGCAGAGCCACGGGCUGCCCAGCCCCGUCCCUCCUGCACUGGGCGCUGGAGCUGGGCGGCGGCGGCUGCUCAGCCAGGGACCGUAGGGAGCAGACUCCACCGCAGCCUCCGCUGGAGCUUCUUCCCCCAGCUGGACCAUGGGCACCCCGGACUCCUCUGCCGCCGACCGCAGCUACAUCCGUACCGUCCUGAGCCACCAGACCCUGCAGGAGCUGGACAGUUCCACCCUGGCUUUGCCCUCCGAGGCCAGGCUGAAGCUCUUGGGCAACCGCAAUGGGACGGAGAAAAGUCUCCGCAUCCAGCAGCAGGUCAAGCAAACGCUGUCCAGGAAAAGUAAAGGCUCCUUGUCAAAUGGCAGUCUCCAUCGGGCUCUCAGUGUUCCAGAACAUGUUUAUAACCUGGACACAGUCGAUAAUUAUUUUGUUUCAAGACCUCCACAUGGAGUCACAUAUUCUGCAUCUUUCCAGGUGAACUCACCAAUCACUUACAGAAAUGGCUGGGGGAAUACAACCACACAAUAUAAUUCAUACAAGACAAUGGAAGAGAGGAAUCAAAGGCAGCCUCUGAAGAGAUUAGAAGUUUCUCCCCAGAAAGAUCCUGAGAAGCUGGCAUAUGUAUACAGUGAUUUCCGCUACAACAGGGGAAACCAAGUUGGAUUCAUUCCAAGGCAUAGUGAUAGGAUGAGAUCCAAUGUUAUUGUUCCAACAAGAUAUGCUCGCUCUGAGAUUGUUGGUCAUGGUAAUCACGAUUCUUCAAUCAGAGAGCAAACUUAUCAAACCCAGUUCCAUAGAGGACCUUUUAAUGACACAGUCUUUGACAGUGCUGCCACCAGCCCAACUGUAUCUAUGUACCCACAAGCUGGAUUCAGUCGCAGUAUGACCAACCUCUUAGUAGAGAAAGAGAACUACCCGACUACAGGUAGUGGUGUGGGACAAGUCAGAUCACCCAUUGCUUCCCAAAUUGGAUUGCAGAGCAGGGAGUUUCUGAAGUCCAGCUGGCAACAAAGUAACUUCAGAAGCUCACAACCCAUGAGGGAAACUUCCCAGACAGCUGCAGUGACCAGUGCUACGGCUGAAACAGGUGGGAAAAGGAUGGCAAUGACUGCUGCUGUGGCAGCAGCAGCAGCAGAAAAUGUUCCCUUACACAUUGGAAAAGCAGGCUCCAGUGUAUCUCAGCUAGGGAGUCCAGAAGGGGGGAUGACUCUGGAACUCGCAGUGAACACUCUGGACACUGAAAAGACAUCUUCGUUACCCAGGAUCCUUGCUGCAGUUAACUUUAUACAGCAUGAGUGCUUCCAGAAAGCAGAAGCCAGAAGAAAAGUUUAUUUACUUGGUGGCAUUCCCAAGCUUCUACAGCUUCUGAAAACGCAGAAUGAGGACGUUCUGCAGGUGGCAUGUGGAGCUUUGAGGAACUUGGUGUAUGAGGACAAUGACAACAAACUAGAAGUGUGUGAGCGGAACGGGAUCCCAGUCCUGCUCCGUGUACUCAGACAAACCAAGGAUGUGGAAACUAAAAAGCAGAUAACAGGUUUGCUGUGGAACUUGUCCUCCAAUGACCAGCUGAAGACCCUGCUGAUCAGAGACACCCUGGAGCCACUGACAGAGACCAUUCUUAUCCCCUACUCUGGUUGGCCAGAUAGAGAUUACCCAAAAUCAACUAUUGUAUCUGACCCUGAUAUCUUCUACAAUGCCACAGGAUGCCUGAGAAAUAUGAGUUCUGCUGGCCCAGAAGGAAGGAAAAAGAUGAGAGAAUGCGAUGGAUUGAUUGAUUCUCUUGUGUAUUACAUCCAAGGAACCACUGCAGACUACCAGCCUGAUGACAAGGCCACAGAGAACUGCGUGUGCAUUCUUCACAACCUCUCCUACCAGCUAGAGUCAGAGCUGCCUAGCAGUUAUGCCCAGAACAUCUAUACACAAAGAAAAAAUACUCCUACCAAUGAUAAAAGCUUGGGAUGCUUUGGAACACGCAUCAGGAAAGCAAAAGUGAAGCAACAAGAUACUCUGCUACCCGAGGAAAAGAGCAGUCCCAAAGGUGUAGAAUCACUCUGGCAUUCCACACUUAUUAGGAUAUAUCUCUCCUUAAUAGCAAAAAGUACAAGAAACUACACUCAAGAAGCAUCUUUGGGAGCUCUCCAGAAUCUCACAGCAGGAAGUGGACCAAUGCCAUUUUCAGCAGCUCAUACUGUUGUCCAGAAGGCAAAUGGCCUUCAGAGUAUUCGAUUCAUGCUGCAUGUAAGCGAUCCAAGUAUAAGGAGGACAGCCGUCUCAUUGGUCAGGAACUUAUCUCGUAAUGCCUCUUUGCAGAAUGAAAUAGCCAGAAACGUCUUAUCAGAUUUGGUCUCCCUACUUCCUGACUCUGUCCAAGGGUCAGAGGUUACCAAUGAGACCACAGCUUCUAUCUGCUACACCUUGUACAACUUGACCCAGAACAGCUCCCAGAAUGCCCGGCUUCUCCUAAACACAGGUGGCCUGCCAAAGAUAAUGAACAUCAGCAGGAGUGAUAAUAAUAUGCUCAGCAAAGCUAGCAAAGCUGCCUCAAUCCUCCUGUACUCCUUGUGGUCACAUACUGAUCUCCACAGUGCCUACAAAAAGGCUCAAUUUAAGAAGGCAGCUUUCGUCAAUGCCUGGACAACGAGAGCAUACAACUCACUCAAAGACUAAGGCAGGCUACAAAUAUAGAGAGACUGUGUGUGGAUUUGUAUAAUUAUCUCCUCAAUAUCAGCCUGGCCACCAUGAACUGUCAAGUAUCUGAAAAAACAGAGACUGAUUUUGUAUGAUAGCUGAUGCUGUCUUCUGCCUUUACCCCAUAUCACACUGUUCUCAAUGUACUUCAAAAUAUCAAUCGCCAAAGAUGGUAUUGUUAAGGAUUCCUGUGCCAAUUUUUUUUAAGCUUGCUAUACUAGUCAGUGUUUAUACAGAGAGGUUUGAAACUCUGACCUGCAACACAUUCUUUAUAGGCUACUUUUUGAACCUGGAAUUUAUCUCCACACUGUGUGAAAUGGAACAGAAUAUACAAAAAGUUGUUUUAUCAUGUGCAUUUUUAAAAGCACCCAGAAAGUUAGGAGGGUUUUUUUUUUUAUAGAAGGGGGUGUUUGUCUUUGUUUUAUUUUAGUUUUUGUUUUUGUUUUUUCUAUUACUUGUAUUCAUGUGCUCAAUGGCUCGCCAGUCUCUUUUGCUUUGAGAUCUCAACAGCAACAGCAAAAUUGACAAGCAGUAAUGCAGCUUCAGCCCACUUUCCUCCCCACCUCCCUUUCACUGCUGCCAGAAUAUUUGGCUGUGUCUCAGGAGUUUUUAAAAGUGCCGUCAAGUUACUCUUGGGAGAAUUCUGUGCCACUGCGCAAUGCAGAGUUUUGCAGAAAUUAAUGUUGUGCGCGCAGAAUUUCCUUUUUUCCCCACAAAAAAGGGCCGCAAAGAUGUUGGCUGCCACUAGGGGCCCCUGGACCCAUCAGAGCCCAGCUCACAAAUAGAAAAUGAGGCCAGGGGGAGGGGAAGGAACUAGAGGUUUCCCAGCAGCUGUAGUUCCCAGCAUGCCCUGAAGGAAGGAGCUGGCAGGGUGCAGGAAAGUCCGUGCAAGCCCGGGACCGAGCAUCAGGCUGUUUCUCCCUCUGGAUCCCUGGGCUCUAGGAGGGUAGGGGGGUGAGUGUCUGGGCCUCCCAGGACCCCAUGGCUGGUCUCUGGGGGGAAGGGGGCAUGAAUGUCUGGCCCCCCGACUGGGCUUUGGGAGGGGAGAAACAGGAACUGGGUUGUCGUGGGGGUUUCUCUACUCUUGGGGGAAUUUUGUGUGGGUAUUGUUACAGACAUACUUGCUGACAGGUAUUUUGAAAUAAAUUACCAAAAAUAAUUGAAACUGGCAUGAUUAUAUAGAGUUAUUUUGAGAAAUAAAAUUUGCUGAAUUUUAAAA